CGGGGACGUGAAGGUGUACGAGGGCGGGAUGGACCUCCUCGUCCAAAGUGCCUUUAUGCUCAUGGAGAGCCACAAGAGGCAGUACCGGGAGAUAGCUCGUCUGAAGGAGCUUGAGCAGAAAGCUGCCUCGGCCGAUGAGGCGGUAGCUUGCCUGGAUCGGCUCCGGGAGGAUGCUAAGGCCUUGCAACAGAGGGCCGAUGAAGCCGCUGCAGUCAGGGACGAUGCCCUGGCCAAGCUCGAGGAGAGCCAAAAAGCGCUGGAGGCCGAGCGGCGCAAAAACGAGGAAGCCGUGAAGGCGAAAGCUGAGGCCGAGGCUGCCGCUGUGAAGGCUGCUGAUGAGGCCGUUGAGCAGUUCCUGGCCGAGGGGUGGAAGGCCGAUGAGAGGCUCCCCUGGUGCUAUGAAGUGGUGGCCGCCAGGCUUGAAGAUUGGGGGAUGAACUCCCCGGCCGGCCAGGAGUACUUCAGUAGGGAGAUGGCCAUUUACU